UCCAAGCUGCCAUCUUCCUUAACAUAACAUCCAACAUCACCACUUUUUACUACGAGCCCGUCGCCAUUGAGCCCGCCAACCAACAUCUUUUUCCUCCCAAAAUAAAUAAAUCACUUCAACCGCCAAGAUGUCCGACGACGAACGCGUAACCAUGCCCUUCAAGUUCGUCACUGCCGGUGUCGACGCUCGAUUCCCCAACCAGAACCAGUCCAAGCACUGCUGGCAAAACUACGUCGAUUACCACAAGUGCAUCAACGCCAAGGGCGAGGACUUUGCCCCGUGCCGUCAGUUCAAACUCGCAUACCGAUCUCUAUGCCCGAGCUCAUGGUACCAACGAUGGGAUGAUCAGCGAGAGGCUGGAAACUUCCCCGCCAAGUUGGAUGCUUAAGUGCAACGCUACGGGUUUUUAUAAGCACCCGUCGAAUCAGCAAAGUUGGCCUUCUUCGAUGUAGUAUAUUACCUACCUAGUUAAGACUUUAAGCCAGCCAGCAACUAAGGACUCGCUCCGAACCUCUCGUUUCUCAUGCCUAUGUUUAUAUGACUAGUUAGCAAAUAUUACCAGCCUUAAUUCUCACCAUAGGCAGGAAAGCCAAGAGUAUAAUCUCAGGCAUGACUCCUUUAUGUAUAAUACGGGUACCUAGGUACGUCAUAAAACAUAGGCAGAUAUUAUCAUGGUGAGACGACAUAUCUCACCCCUCUUGGUCCCCAACCGUGAAAGCCAUCAAGUCGCCAAAGCCUUCUACUCAUAUACCGUCAAAUUCUAUCGCAUUUACGAUAUAGGGCAACAGGACCCGUC